AUGGAUAUGAUUUGGCACACCUCCGUAUUUUUGGGAAAAUUUCUAUACUAUUUUUUAGAAUCUUUAUUUUACAAGAUAAUUCCCAAGAAGAAGAAGGAUGUUGCUGGAGAGAUUGUCCUUAUAACAGGAGCCGGAAGUGGACUCGGGAGGCUGAUGGCCAUAAAAUUUGCCAGUCUUGGAGCCAUUUUAGUUCUAUGGGACAUUAAUGAAGAAGGCAACAUGGAAACAUGUAGAAUGGUCAAAGAGAAGGAGGGUGUAAAAGCAUUUGCCUACACGUGUGAUUGUAGCAAUAGGCAAGAGAUCUACAGAGUUGCUGACCAGGUUAAAAAGGAAGUGGGCGAUGUGACCAUUCUCAUUAACAACGCCGGGGUGGUAACGGGAAAGCUGUUCCUCAAUACUCCAGAUGACAUGGUGGAAAGAUCGUUUCUUGUAAAUGCCCUGUCUCACGUCUGGACUUAUAAGGCCUUCCUUCCUGCCAUGAUGAAAGCCAACCACGGUCACUUAGUCUGUAUCUCAAGUACAGCAGGAAUAGUUGGCAUCAAUGGACUAUCAGAUUAUUGUGCAAGCAAAUUUGCAGCUUUUGGCUUUGCAGAGUCUCUCUACAUUGAAUUAAGAGUACUAAAAAAAAGUAACAUUAAAACCACUAUCGUUUGCCCGUAUUUCAUCAAAACUGGAAUGUUUGAUGGCUGUACAACCAAGUAUCCGUUUCUGUUGCCCAUACUGGAGAAGGAGUAUGUGGCCGAAAAAGUUUUAAAUGCUAUUUUAGAGGAGCAGACGUACUUAAUGAUGCCCAAAUUUGUGUAUUUCGCAUUGCUUCUUAAACAAAUAUUAUCUUCAAACAUGAUAUUUGCCCUUAUUGAGUACCUUGGUUUGGAUACUUGCAUGGCUUCAUUUAUAGGGCAAAGCAAAGCAGGUGAAGUUCAGACUGAAGCUGAGAGGAAACAGCUGUAG